GUGGCGUUGUGAUGACAGUUGUGUCAUGUGAAGUAUCAAUGAUGGGUGACGCAUAGAUUUGUUUGUGUUGUUUGCACAGUAGCCUGUGAUGUUCUUACAUGUGAUUUUGUGAGUGUUUACCAUUACUUUAUGACGUGCAGUUGAAAUUCUCUGUUAAGAAUGGCGCAAUUAAAUAUUUUAAACAGCGUUAUAAACUGCAAUACUUCUGUGCUGAACAUUGAUGAAGCAUGCCUCGUCGUGAAUUCUGCAGCGGAGAACAACAUUCAGCUUUGGGCUCAAUCUGAAGAAUGUGUUUCGUGUGACUAUCAGCCUUGGUACACAGUUGGGGCAUUAGAAAAUGCUUCAUUUACAGUGAAAACAACAUUUCCUCUUUUAUUGCGUUACUCUUUCAAUGCCUCCAAAUGGUGUUUGAGGAAUGUUACAUUCAAAGAGUAUGGUGUAUAUGGGUGGAAUAUAUCUGAUGAUGCUUGCAGUGACUUAUACAUUAUAAAGAAGCCUGACUCACAGUUUCUUCCACUCAUUGUGGCUGUCUGUUUGCUGCUGCUUCUUAGUAUAAUAUCUUACGCAUCAGCUACAGUUGUGGAAUCAGGAUGGUUUACAAACCUAUGGAGGAGGAAUCUCUCCUUCACAGAGCUAGAAAAUGACCUUGGUAGCCCAAACCCUGGUGAUGCACCUCCAAUCAUAAGAAAUGAGGUACUGCAAAUAAUCCGUCGACAGAAUAGGGUUGCAUCUGUAGACAUCUUCCGAGGCUUAUGCCUAGCACUGAUGAUAUUUGUCAACUAUGGAGGAGGCCACUACUGGUUUUUCAAGCAUUCCGUAUGGAACGGUCUCACAGUAGCAGACCUUGUAUUCCCAUGGUUUAUGUGGAUAAUGGGUUUGAGCUUGGCGAUAUCUCUGCGCACACAAUUGCGCUCCAGUAAACCGAGGCUCCAUGUCCUCGGACACGUGUUACGUAGAUCACUUUUCCUUAUUGCCUUAGGAGUGAUUCUGAAUUCAUGUGGCAACCAUGGUACAAAACCUGAUGUAAAGACCCUGCGGCUGCCUGGAGUGUUGCAGAGGCUUGGUGUCUGCUACAUGGUGAUUGGCACAAUAGAGAGUUUGCUAAUGUCACGAGAAGGGGCAUUCAGGUAUGGACGCUACAUAGUACUGUCAGAUAUUAUAGAAUCCUGGUGUCAGUGGCUGGUGGUGAUAGCUUUGGCUACGGGCCAUGUUGCUAUCUCACUAGCUUUACCUGUUCCUGGCUGCCCGCGGGGCUACUUGGGACCUGGUGGAUGGCACAUGCAUGGACAAUACGCCAACUGCACUGGUGGAGCUGCCGGUUACAUUGAUCGCCUCAUCCUCACUCCACAGCACAUGUACAAGAACCCUACAUGCAAGUCCAUUUACCACAAUGAUCAAGUGUAUGACCCGGAAGGUAUACUUGGAACCUUGACAUCAAUUCUGAUGGUGUACCUAGGAGUUCAUGCUGGUAGAAUCCUGCAAUGUUAUAACUACACCUUUAUGAGAAUCUCCCGCUGGUUGUCAUGGGGAGUGGUUACUGGCAUAUUAGCUGGAAUCCUCUGUCAUUUCUCGAAAGAAGAUGGAAUCAUCCCAGUCAAUAAGAAUCUCUGGUCCCUGUCAUAUGUGCUGGCAACUGCAAGCAUGGCUUUCCUUCUGCUUAGCAUAUUGUACUUUGUGGCAGACUGUCAUCGCUGGUGGAGUGGAGCUCCAUUCAUAUAUGCAGGCAUGAAUUCAUUGGUGCUGUAUGUUGGCCAUGAGUUGACAAGGCAUAUGUUUCCAUGGAGUUGGAAACCUCUCUACAAUAAUCAUUCUGAGCUAUUGGCAAUGAACAUAUGGGGUACUGCUCUGUGGUUAAUAAUAGCAUAUUUUAUGUAUCGCAAAGACUGCUUUGUGACUGUUUGAGAAGUGUUACUAAGAGACUGAUUUUAUCUGCUAUACAUGACACACACACGUGAUAUGAGAUGAAUACUCAAGGAUAUAUCUUGUACACUAUUUAUUGUCACUGAGUACUACUAGGUAUACAGGAAUUGAUUAUAUAGCUGUCUUCAUAUAGCAGAAGUUGAUUUUGAUUUAUUUUUAUUCUUUGUUGAAUGAAUGGUAAUUCAUAAAUUCUGUUUUGUCAACAUAGCAUUUGGCAGCUUUUUGUUAGUUAUUGUUUUCCAAAUAAUGUGUAAAAAAACUAUCUUAGUUUAUAUUAAUUUUCAGACUGCUGUCACUUGAUACUAGUUGUUUUAAGUUACUGUAACACAAAGAUUUUAUGUUUUACAAUUUUAAAGAAUCAGUGAGGAUUUCAUAUAUAUUCCCUGCAAACUAUUAUGUUACAUUUUACAUUGAAUUAUUUCAUUAUUCAGUUGCUUGGAAUUCAUGUACUUUGUCCUCAUCCAACUCUGCAACUUUUGAAAAUACUCUGGUGAGCUUACAAUUUAUUUUACAAACAUGUCUGUGAUUAUCUUAAAAUUUCCUUGUCUUGUCCUUAUCCUUUUUAACUUCAUAAUAAUUUUGUGUUGUGUAAAACGUAGUCGUCAUUGUCAUCCCUGAAAAAGUCCUCUCAUAUGCAAGAACAUUGUGUCCAGCAUUUAUGUAGUGAAAUGAAUUUUCCCUGAAAAGCUGUAUUUAUGAUGUUGUGAUCCUCUAAUAUGUAUUUUACUCAGUUGUGUCAGUCAAUUCAGUACUUCAUAUAGGAGCAGACAGUCCUGUUACUCUUCAUAUUGCUGAAAGAUUGGGAAUUUAACCACUCUGUGUUUUACAGCCACAGUUCAUAUUCCCAUCAGUAAUCCUCAUAUAGUAUUCAGUCCACAUAUGUAACAUUUAUCACUGAGGUCAGUGGCAAUGCUUAGGUCACAUAAGAGACAAAGGGUUACUGUCUAAAAUAGAAAAAGAUAAGUAUGUAAAUGACAAAAAAAGGACCAUGUGGACCUGACCUGGAUUAAUAAAAGAGAUCCAGGUGAUCACUGCUGCAUCUUCUACGUCAUUGUCUUUCCUUAACAGUCACUUCAUUUGUCUUAUUUUGCAUUCCCGAAGCAGCACUGCUGGUCCUUAGGAUUAAGGAUUUAUUGUCCUUUCCUUUGUAUUUGACAACUAUGAACUAUCUGUUUCAGUUUAUGUUUCACAUUUCAUAAAGCAUUAUUGUCCCUCACGUUUCAUGAAGGAUUUCCAUUAGUAAGUAUAAUCUGUAGAGCAGGAAGCAAAAUGUGAAUCCCAAUGUCCCAUUACCAUUUAUUAUCAACUACAUUAAAUCUUAAAUUUGACUUUAAUCUCCCUGUUCUAGGGCUUGUUUUUAGUAUACAUUAUUUAUUUAACAAACUUUGAGUAUUUUUGCAAAAUAGAUUGCAUUUUAUUUGUUAUUAAUAAGACUGCUCCAGCAUUGUUGUUAAUUUCAGAAACAGCUAAUCAUGCAUCUUUAGGAUUUAUUUGCUAUCAUUAAAAGUACCAGUAAGAAAAAGAAUAAAAUUUGUGCCUUAAGAGUGUACAAAAUUCAUAGUGACAGACAAUAUGCAAGCACUGAUUACUUCAACUGAUCAGUGAGCUUGCCUCCCAAUUUUGUCAGUGUGACAUUAGCUGAACAUUUGCACUUUGCAUGUAAUAAAAAUCCAACGUGACGUAAGUGAACUUGAAUAUGCUUCAAUUUUAAUUCAAGCAAAUACUGGCUUAAAAUGAUCUGAGCUCAUGAAUUUAAAAUUUUAUUGUAUUUAUUGAAUAGUUUUCUUUUAAAACAUCGGUGUAAAAUCAGUUUAUCCAUAGUAAUGUGAUUCAUGUGUAAAAAUAUGGCCUUAAGACCUACUAUUAAUAGUCUUUGAUGUGUUUUAAUUGGUAUCAGCAUUGAAAAAAAGAUAAAGAACGAAACCACACAGAGAAAUAAGUAUUUUUUAACUACUUUUAUGCUAGAUACACCU